AUGAUUAUGAAUAAUGUUGAGGAGGGUCUUCUAUCAUCUCUUGGUCUUAGAGAACCUCUCAAUCAAUUGAGGAUCUUACAGUUUGUGGAUGACACACUACUAUUUGUCAAAAGUGCUUCAAGGGAUAUUUCUACUCUCAAAACUAUUCUUUACCUUUUUGAAGACAUGUCUGGUCUGAGUAUUAACUACUCAAAAUCAUCUAUCAUAUAUUUUGGUAAAAUGCAUCUUAAGGCUCAGACCCUAGCAUCUUCUUUAGAUUGCAAGGUUGAUCACUUACCAAUCAAGUACCUUGGCCUACCUCUUAAAUAUGGGAAACUAUCAAAAUCUGAUUGGCAACCUCUUAUGGAUAAUCUCUACAGGAAGCUGGCUACUUGGAAAACAAAUUCUUUAUCUUUUGGAGGGAGAUUGAUUCUCCUAAAUUCAGUGCUCACCUCUAUUCCUCUAUAUUAUAUGUCCUUUUACAAGCUACCUAAGUGGCUGAUUAAGGAAAUUGAUAAAGUCAGAAAAAAUUUCUUAUGGACAGGCAAAGCAGAUGCCAAUUCUUUCAAAUGCUUAGUGAAUUGGAAAAUGUAUGUUUAA